CCAGACUGAGACAUCGAAUAAAUAUCAGGAAAUCUCUGAAUCAGGAUGAGUUAAACUCCAAUUCCAUGCGAUCUUGGUGAAUUAGUUGAAGAAGAAAUCAAGAUGGAUAGCAUUAUUCCUCCAGAGUUUCCAGAGGGAGUCUUUGUGGAAGAUGGAAAAGACACUUCUGAUCCACCUAAGGUAGAAUCUGCUGAGAAAGAGAAGCUUCUUGAGGGGGAGGAUGUGCACAUGUCCAGCUUCUUGACCGACUGGGACACGGAAGCUGAUCAGGGUGGUCGUAUGGUCACGGCCGACAGCGGCGAUGACCGCUCCAUAGACAGUCUUCCUAUGUCACCCGACGAAGCCAACUCCAAUCAGAAUGCAGACAUUCCAGUCCGAGGCAUGGCGCCGGUCCUGGUCGGCGAGGAAACCAGCCACGCCUUCUUCUGCUUUGCUUGGGAGGACGACGAGUGGACCAUAAACGUGGUCCGCAAGCUGGAAUCCACCGCGUAUGGAUUCACCUGUGACAACAGCAACCACAAGUGGGAUCCCGGCGUCGCCAAGAUGGACAAGAUUAUCAACUCUAUCUCCACUUCCAAGAAGCUGGUGCUAGUCUUGUCGCCAGACUUUAUGCGCAGUCCAUGGUGCACGUAUGAGAAUCUGCGUGCUCUGCGCGUUCAUUAUACGAACACAGCAAAAGUGAUUUUAGUGGUGUUGAAUGAGAUGGAUCUUCCGGACUUUCUGGAUGGGAUACCAACCAUUAAUGCGAUGUCAAGGAACUUUUGGCAGAGGUUUGUCGCCGCAUUGAGACUAGGUUCAAGCUUAGAUGCCCACGAUGCCUCUGUUAACAACAAUGUGCCUGCCCUGUACAACAGUGCUCAUCUCGCAACCAUUCAGUCCAGUACAGAUUGCUGUUGUAAGGCAAGAUUUGAUACUAUUUACUGUCCUGAUGAACUAGCAAGAAAAGGCGUUCAGGUACCUCAGCGGGACUACACCUCAGCCAUCACCGCCAUCUUGGACGCUCCUAAGAUGAGAUGGUACACAUUAUGGUACAACCGUUUCUUCAGCUCCCUCGUCUGUGCCAUCAUCACCGCCCUCAUCAUCGUGGGUGUGGUCGGUAACCUUAGUAACUUCCAUAACAAAGAAUCGGGCGGUCUCCAUGUCGGGAUAUCCCUCCUCAUCGCUGUUGUCCUGUCCGCCGUUGUGGUCGGCCUCCUGCAUCUUAUUGUCUUCUAUGAAAAGAGGAAGUUAAAUGGUUUAAUAGAAGCUAAUCUAUCCCGGGCUAACAUGGUGCUCUGCAAGCACAACAUCCUGGUUGGGAUGACUGAUAAAUUCAACUGGUGCUGGAACAGAGCUGUGCUUCAUUUUGUAUAUUUUGAUUUGGCAGAAUGUAGGAAAGAGAUGAUAAAAUUCUUGAAUGACAAUCGCAAUACAGGAGAUGUGGACAUUGGUUUAAAUCAGAAUUCGUCAGUAAGUGUUGAAAUGCUGCCCUCAGGAGGAGGUGAUGGAGAUACCGCUCGACUCACCAUGGAUACUAAACUCCGGACAUUGUCCCCUCAGACUCUUAUUGCCGAUACAGACCCGAGAUCUGUAGAGGAGGAAGCAGAGUUGUACCUCAUGCAGAACAGUGCAUCGUAUAUCAACAAACUACUCAAAAAGCAAUUAGUGGGACCAUUAAGAAAGAGACAUUGUAGGACCACUGUAUGCCUGUGUCAGUACGUCCAAAAGACAGUAUUCAGUGUUCCGGUAUAGCACCCACCAGAAGUUGGAAAAUUUUCAUUCAUUGUGUGCAGCAACUGUGUGUCACUUGUCUGACUGGUUUGAAUGCACUGCGAGUAUGGUGUUUUUGUUGAUGAUGGUGUUUGUUGGUUGGUGUUGUUGUUGUUGAACAGGUCAUGGAUUGGACUACAGAAGUGGGCUUUAACACCAUCAAUGAUUUUAUGUGAUUUCAAGUAUGGUGCUGGUGUUAAGUGUUGAGAACAUGAAUUUAGGCCCCUGAGACUUAUCUCCUACAAAAAUACAAACUUUAGAUUAAUACAAACAUAUAGUAUUGGUAUUGGUAUCCGACAUCAACACCAAUAUAGGUGAUAUCAAGUAUGGUAUUGGUUUUGAUGUUAGUGUGGGAGCAUUAUCGGGCUCUACUACUCAGCUACGACAGCUACUCUAACUAUAAAUAUAGAUGAUUUUGAAGUUUAGUGUUGCUGUUGGUUAUUUGGUUAAGUGUUGAGAGCAUGAUUCAGGCUCCUAAAUUCAUAUCUAACAUCAACAUUGAUAAUAGGGGAUCUCAAGUUUGGUAUUGGUGUUGUUGAUGUUUUUGUUUUAGUGUUAAGAACAUAACCAGACUACCUAGCCUAGGUUCAACAUUAACACUGAGUGUUGGUAAUAUCAAGUGUGGUGUUGGUUUGGUGUUUGUGUUUGGAGCAUGAAUCAGGCACAUGAAUUUAGCUUCAACAUCAACACUGAGUAUAGGUGAUAUACUUUGGUGUUAGUGUUGAGAGCAUGAAUCAGUCUAUUGUGUAUAAUACUGAUAGCUAAAAGCCAGAUAUCAUUAUCAAGCCAAAAGCCAGCCUCAUUGUAGAUGUGAUGUUGUGACUGAUGUUAAAUUGUCUUGACACCAACACUAACUAUCUACGCUAAACUUAGAAUACCCAAUAGCGUUAUAAAAAUCUACAUCAUCAAAGUCAUCAUUCAACUUAGGAUUUGGCAUAAGCUCAUGUGAAGCACUAAAUGUGUUAACAAAAAUAUAUGUGUAUUCAAGCAAUGUGUGUUUGAUUGAUGAGGGUAAGAGAUUUUAUAUAUAUGAUAGAAAGUAUUGCAAUGUGUAAAUUGUGCCUUUUUUGUCAAUAAUUGAAUUGAAUUUUGCAAAUACAACUCUUGCUCGAUCCUUUGUGAAUAUAAUGAGCAUCGAAAUAAGAAUAAAAGAUUUAUGUUUGAUUCAUGUCAUAUGUGUACAGUACUCUGAUAGUUGUUAGAUUGUGAUUAUUCCAUCAAAUGGAAUCUAUUAAAGUACUAAAUGUAAUCAUUUAUUAAACUGUAUCUCCUCUCUCUCUCUUUUCUAAUAUAUUUCUAUAUAUAAGAUUUCCUUGUAGAUUUUUUUUUUUCAUUUUUGAGGUGCUACAUGUAUUUCAAGCAUUAUGUUCGUUCUGUGUAACCAGAAUAGCAUUAAUUCAUUCUCUUGAAUACAGUGUUAAAAUCCUUUCGGUUCUGAAUGGAUAUUUUGUGAUAUUGGUGGUUGGAACUUAUGUUGAAUAAAUCAAAGUCUAGUAGGCAGUUCUUUAAACGUAUUUACAACAGACAUUUAUUAGGUUAUUCUGCUACAACACAAUCACUACUGCGUCAUCUUGACAACAGCCAUAGCUUUCUCCGUACAAGUGGUCACGUGUAAUAACAAAGUAUAGUGUACGCUUGCAGACCUUUAUCAGUUAUCACCACAAUUGGAAUAAAUCAUCUGCUUUUUCCAGAAUAUUCUCAUUCUUCUGAAGACGCCAAUAACAUAUUUUCCACAGAGUGAGGAAAAAACACACUUGACCUCCAAAGGUAUAUGGUGUUUCGUGCAGAAUCUGCAUUUGUUCUCUACCACUGAAACCUUCAGAAAUUACUUAGACAGAGGUCAAAGGCGGUCACAUUUACAUUUUCAUGUUUUUUUUUUCUUUCAUGUAAUUUUUGUAGUAAAGUAAUUUAUUAAAUUAGAAUGUUUGCUGCUAUCGAAAUGAAAUAAACCAUGAUUAGUACUCAGUGCAAAUACAUCAUAUACGAGAGAUAUAUAUUGAGGGCCAGUGAUAGACUAUUUAUGGAAUCAAGCGUUUUAACAAUGUUGAAAUCGGGAUAAAAUAUGAAGGAAAGGUGUAGAAAUUAUUAACCUGAUGAAUAGAAAACUCCUCAAGCCUUAUAUAUUUUUUAUAUGAAUAAUUCAUCAAUGAAAUGGCAUGCAGUAUUUCAGUAGCUGUAGUUCUCUAUGGUGAUCUAGUAUUAGCUCUGAUAUUUCCACCAAAGAAAAAGUAUUAGUAACAAAAAUAAAAAAGCUUCCGAAUAGAAGAAAUUCUCUGUCAUUUUGAACAAAAUAUGCUAACACUGCAUUUUUCACCACAGAUGCAGUAAUGGGAAAUGCAAGAAAGUCGAAUGGCACCUAUAUGGCAGAAUUCAUAAGUGCUAAAUAAGCAUCUUUCACAGUGAUCUCUCAAGCCUUUUCCAUUACUUGUCUAUGAUCAUUGUGAGGAUUAGCGAUGAAAAGAGCUUGCAAACAUCCUGCGUGAAAGACACCCUACCCAAUUUUAGUAAGGUGCCUAAGAGAGCCAAUGUAUAUGAAUUAUGAGUACUGUAUUUAAGCCUUAGGGCCCUGGAACAUAAAGCUUGGUGAUCAAUCCUGUAAUUGAUUUCAUUGACCAUUGUGUAUGAUCAAUCGUAGAUAUCAGCCUUGUGAUCAAUCGCUAAUCUUUAUGUUACUGGCCCCUGGUUAAUUCAGUUCAUUUGGUGUAAGACCUUUCCAUGUGAAUCUCAAGUACUGUUGGUUGCCCUGUGCCAAAGGUGAUGGUUACUUUUAUUUGUAGCGGUGUGUAUUUAUCACUUAGAACAAAAAGAAUACAUGGGGAAAAGGACGAUUUGCCACUAGCAACUGUGUAGGAGUUUAGGAGAUAUUAGUUUUUUCCUCCUGGUAUGUAUUACUCUUACAAUAAAAAUCUUGCUUUGUCUAGAAAUUUUACCAACUCAUUCUAUAGGUAUGGAUAUCUUCAUACAUUCUCUUUUUCUUGCCCUUCUCUAUUUUCUUGCCUUUUUCACAUGGAGCAAGAAGAUGAAGACUAUAAUUCCCCUUAAAAAAUAUUCAGAUAACUUUUUGUUUUUGUUUUGUUUGAAAAAUCAGAUGAAGUACAAUAAACCCUUUCAUUGCUUGUAUAUCUCAGUUUUACUCUGUUUCAGAAGAUCAUAACCUACAUUAUGUUAUGCCAGGUUAAUAUUUUGUAAUCAAGUUAUUAUGUUACUAAAUGUUUAGUGAAUGAUGCGUCACAACCCACCUCUGUUUGCUCAUUAUGUAAAUAUAAGUUCAUGUCCCUUUUUCAAUAUUUUCAUUUUCAUUCUGCUCAUUUGAUUCAAAGUGUUAUCAUAAUUGUGUAUAUUUUGCUGGAUUUGUGAAUUUAGUUAUUUAAUUUAAUUUAAUUAUAAUUUUAAUUAUUUGAAGUCUCUGAAAUUCUGUUGGAUAUUGCUUAAAUGUUUAAAUUGGUUAAUAAUAACUUAAUGAGAAUAUUGUUGUAUAUUUAUGCAUUUGAAUUCAUACUCAUAUUGCCACACUUCUAACUUCAUUGUAUUGUAUGUCAUAGAGAUGGAUAUGUAUAUUACAUUGCACUAGAUUUAUUGAGAGAGAUUGCACCAAAGCAGAGAAGGUUUAUGUUACUAAUUUGUUACCUUUAUGAGAGAUAUGUUAUGAUAUAACAGUGUCAGGCGAUCAAUCUACGAAUAUGAACAGCCACUAAGAAAAAUGGAAGUAGGACCCCUAUGAAAAACAGCAUUUGCUGAUAGGGUGUUCCAUCCCACAAAUGGUAAAUAAAUAAAUAAAUGAAAAUAGCAAAAGCAAAUAUAUAGUAUCUCUUUAGUUCUUGUAAACAUUAAUUUGCUGCAUUUAUACCUUAUUGCUGCUGCAAGCAUGAAAAUUUCCAUCUCUAGAACAACCAAAAUAUGUUUGGUGACAAUGGAGAAAUUUUGCUGAGAAAAGUUAUGUAACACUUGCUUUGCAUGAUUUUGUCUAAUACUAGUAAAUCAAUUUGACUUACUGAGUAUGUAUCUCAAUAAUUCGGAUUUUGGAUAUUAUUGAAGCAAGACCAACAACUACAAAUGGGACUUUAAUCUCAGCACAAAUUGUUUUGAAACAUUUAUUUUUCCUUUUUGGUGAGGUAGCUCAGUAGUGGCUCUUAGCUUGUUGGGGGUUUGGUCGUAGAUUGAGGGGUGUGGUCAUUUAUUGACGGGUGUGGCUUGCUUUAGAAUGGAUGAUUAUUUUAAUGUAUGAAGGGAUAUUAAAAGAAAAUUUUACAUUCAUUUAUAAUUGAUCCUGCCAAUAUUUUGUAUAGUUUCUCAGGCGAACUUUUUAUACGCUUUCACAUUUCGAUAACUUUUUUCUUCAUAUAUUAUCAGUGGAACAUCUCAUGUAUUUUAUACAUCAUAGUAUGUUUUUUGUGUAUGUCCGGUUUCCUCAAGUGUUGAAUGCCACUUUUUAUUUUUGUUUUUUGUAAAUCAUUAUCCAUGAGUUGAUAGUUAUUUUGAUAGAUCUUGAAUGAUGAUCCAAUUGUUGAAAUGAAAAUGAGUAUAACUAAUGUGACAUAAAUACCAUAUUUAGAGGUAAAUAAUGGUAAAGUUUUGGUAUAUAUGCACGGUAUGUUAUCUUGCGCUAAGGUAUAUGUCACCCAGUUUAGUUCAUAAUGUUUGGACCCAGUAGCACAAAUCUUAGUUAUUGAUUGUGGGGCUGAUGUUUACGAUUGAUCAUAUAUGAUAGUCAAUGCAAUCAAUUAUUAAGAUCAAUCCCAUGAUCAAUCACUAUAUCGUCAUGUUACAGGGCCCCUGAAAACAAAAUGCCUAGGACAUUUUAGCUACAACACGAAUAUCUUUGAUCCUUUCAAAAGAGUUUAAAUUAAUUGAAAACUUUGCAACCUAUAGGGUGCACACUAGGGGUUGAGGUAAUUCAUUCCAGCUAUCAAACUGCAUACUUAAAAUGAAUGGCCAAACAAAAUCUUGCAAUGACCAUGAUGUAAGAUUUUGGCAUUUUUCUUCUGUGCAAGAGAUUUGCAAUUUAUACAGAUUAAUGGCAAAGUCACAUUUCCACUACGGCGGCCAUACGACUAGUCGAAAGCAGCUGUUAAAGUUUUUUUGUACCAGCUAAAUAUAGGUGGUUUGAAUAAAAAUGAAAAAAAGGCUGUUCUUGACUCACCGUAUGGCCGCCGCCGUAGGGGAAAUAUGACUGCAACAUUACUGGCAUAUCUUCCUGCAUGCUGUCACUGGCUUUAAAUGUAGAAGGGGAAAUAUGAAGAAUUGAUAAUAUUGAAAAAAGAACAUCCUUUCUGUACCAUAAUACUGCCUUUACAUGUCAUUUAAAAUGUGCAUAUUGUUUCUUACUUUUUCUACAACUGGUUUGGGGUUUAAUGAUUGCCACGUAGUACUCAUGCAAUAAAGAUUAUUUAUCAUCUUUA